AUGAAGCUGAAUCCCAACACAGAUGGCGAGGCGACUGCUUCUCACCUGUCCACGCCCGGAGAGCAGAGAGAGACUGCGAGUGUAGAGCUGCCGGCGAGGAAGGAAAGUGAGGCAGACGCAGAGCUGUCCUCCAAAUUCAAGCAGUACAGGGAAGUCAUUCACGCCGCUCGCCGCCCUCUCCCCACGGAGACCGGCGACGGAAGCUACGUCGAGGACGAAACUAGUAGUGGCCUUUGGGCGGACCUGCGCAGCCUAGGAAUUAAGGAUGCGGGCACUCUCGUGUCCUUCCUCGAGAACAAAGUGACUGGCCAGUACGUGGAUGACAAAACGAUGCUCAUGGAGCGUGUGAUCCAGCUGGUCAGCAGACUCCCAGAUGAGUCCAAAAAUCGGACAAAGCUCACGAACGUCUUUCUCAACGAACUCUGGGAUUCUCUCCCUCAUCCCCCACUGGCAUAUGUUGGAGAGAAAUAUGCGUACCGGAGUGCAGAUGGCUCUUAUAAUAACCCCACACUUCCCUCGUUGGGGGCUGCACGGACGGAAUAUGCUCGCACCACCCGCCCCGAGACGAUUCGUCCGCCUAAUCUCCCGGACCCGGGGUUGGUCUUCGACAGCUUAUUUGCUCGAGAGAAUUUCACGCCCCAUCCUAACAAGGUCUCCAGUAUCUUCUUCACCUGGGCCUCGCUGAUUAUUCACGAUAUCUUCCAAACCGACCGCAAAGACGAAAAUAUUAACAACACUUCCUCCUAUCUGGACCUAUCCAUUUUGUAUGGAGACAUCCAAGAAGAGCAGGACAGGAUCCGAACCUUCCAGGAUGGCAAGUUGAAGCCCGACUGCUUCACGGAGCCACGACUGCAGGCACUCCCAGCGGCAUGUGGCGUGAUCUUGGUCAUGCUGAACCGGUUCCACAACUAUGUCGUUGAGCAACUCGCGGAGAUCAACGAAAGCGGUCGAUUUGGGAAGCCGCAGGACGAUCAGUUAUCGGCAGCAGAGGCCAAGAAGGCGUGGGCCAAGUACGACAAUGACUUGUUCCAAACGGGGAGGCUCAUUACCUGCGGCCUCUAUAUCAACAUCACCCUCUACGACUACCUCCGCACCAUUAUUAACUUGAACCGCACCAACAGUACCUGGUGCUUGGAUCCCCGCGCCCGAAUGGGCGACCUUGAGAUGACGCCCUCUGGACUCGGGAACCAAUGCUCCGUGGAAUUCAACCUCGCAUACCGCUGGCACAGCACCAUCAGCGAGCAAGAUGAGCAGUGGACUGAAGGGGCAUACGAGGAGUUGGUUGGGAAACCGGGAGAUGAGGCAUCCGUGGAUGAGCUUCUCGGCGCCUUGGGCGAGUACGGAAAGAAUCUUAAUCCCGAUCCAUCGAAACGGACAUUCGCCCAGCUGGAAAGGCAGGUGGAUGGGACAUUCAAGGACGAGGAGCUGGUGGCGAUUUUGACAGAUGCGAUCGAGAGUGUGUCCGGAUCCUUCGGGGCGCGCAAUGUGCCCAAGGUGCUGCGCGCGGUGGAGAUCCUCGGCAUAGAACAAGCGCGACGAUGGAACGUCGGAUCCCUCAACGAGUUUCGCAAAUUCUUUGAUUUGAAGCCAUACCGAAACUUCGAGGAAAUAAAUUCCGACCCGGAGGUUGCUAAUUGCCUUCGGCACCUGUACGAAAAGCCCGACUAUGUGGAGCUAUAUCCCGGCAUCGUAGCGGAAGAGGCCAAGGAGCCUAUGGUCCCGGGGGUGGGAAUUGCCCCCGGAUACACUGUCUCGCGCGCCGUGCUAUCUGAUGCGGUCGCACUGGUUCGAGGAGAUAGGUUUUACACCGUGGACUAUAAUGCCAGGAACCUGACCAACUGGGGCUUUACCGAAUCCCACUACGACUUGGAAAUUAACCAAGGCUGUGUAUUCUAUAAGCUGGCCUUACGCGCAUUCCCACAUUGGUUCAAACCUAAUUCGAUAUAUGCCCACUACCCCAUGACUGUCCCGGGGAGAACCAAGUCAUCAUGGAAAGCCUGGGGCGAGAAUCGGAUUACUCCUGGGACCGGCCUGCUUUCAUACCACCUCGGACGAACAUCUUUGCGUACCCCAAUUGACCAGGACGCUUUCCACGUCACCUGGGGCGAGGCGACUAGCUACGUCUUUGGUGAUGGAGGCUACGACUUUAUGCUUUCUGGUGAUACGUCCUUCCAUGACAGCCAGCGGCAAACGAUGGGCAAUUCGCUGUAUGUUGGUCACUGGCGUAAGCAUAUCAAAGAAUUCUACCUUUCCACGACGAAGCGGCUGCUGAACGACAAGUCAUGCCAACUGGGACGUGCGAUGCAGGUCGACAUCACCCGCGACGUCGGAAACCUGGCACAUGUUCACUUUGCUUCAAGCAUCUUCUCGCUCCCCCUCAAAACAGAGAAACAUCCCCAUGGUAUCUUCACCGAACACGAGAUGUACCAGAUCAUGGCUGUCAUCUUCACGGCGAUUUUCUUUGAUGUUGACCCAGCCAAGUCGUUUGCCCUACGCCAUAAGGCGCGAGAUGCCGCCCAAAAGCUCGGUAGAAUCGUCGAGGCGAACGUGAAGAAAACCCAGUCGUCUGGGUUCCUCUCAUCCUGCUUUGACAGCUUCCGCGCCAAUGGCUAUCCACUCAAGGAAUAUGGCAUCCAUAUGAUCCGGCGCCUCCUUGAAACUGGGCUGGGUCCAUCUGAGAUUACCUGGUCCCAGAUCAUGCCCACGGCGGUCGCCAUGGUGCCCAACCAGGCUCAGGUCUUCACGCAGAUCAUUGACUACUAUCUUUCCGACAAAGGCCAAAAGCAUCUUGUUCAUAUUAAUCGUAUAGCCAAGGAAGACACACCUGAAUCGGAUGACAAGCUCCUGCGAUACUGCAUGGAGGCGAUCCGUCUCCAUGGAACAUUCGGCUCGUAUCGCGAAGCGAAGACUAACGUCACUCUGAAGGACCAGGGCCGCCGUGUGAACAUCAAACCGGGUGAAAAAUUAUUUGUCAGCUUUGUGGAUGCCAAUCGGGACCCGGAUGCUUUCCCCGACCCGGAUAGUGUCCGUCUCGAUCGCCCUAUGGAGUCCUAUAUUCAUUAUGGCGUAGGUCCCCACACCUGCCUGGGCAAAGAGGCUAGCAAGGUUGCUCUGACCGCCAUGCUUCGCGUGGUGGGACGCUUGGACAAUCUUCGCCGGGCUCCUGGACCUCAAGGUGAAUUGAAGAAGAUCCCCCGACCGAACAACUUCUACAGUUAUAUGUUGGAGGACGAAACGGGCUUCUAUGCUUUCCCGAUGAUUUCUAUCUAG